CAGAGGUAUUCGAGUACAUCUGAUAAGAGAGGUCUUGUUCUGGGUGUAUACAGUAAUGGUGAUAAUGGAAUUGAGUUAACAACUGCAGCUGAAACCUUCAACCAAAGAAGUAAAGGCAAACUUUUGGAACAGAUUAAAUUGUCGAUUUCCCAAUAAGACCUAGAAUAUAACGCACAGAAAAAAUAAAUACUGCCAUGGCGACCAGCCGAGACGGCCGUAGCAGCUCGGCCUCGUCACAUAGCGGCUCCAACGUUCCGACGUCGACCAAUCGAUCGUCGAUCCGCACGCCCAAACGGCAACGUUCCACCGUCAGCGGCUCCUACGAGGAGAAGAACGCCGAUCUGCUUUGUCCGGUCUGCUACAAUCUGAUCGACGAGGCGCACAUCACAAAAUGUGGUCACACCUACUGCUACAACUGCAUCUGUUUGGCGAUCGAGAACAGUAAGCGCUGUCCUAAGUGCGAUUCCACGAUCACCACAGACGAUAUUUUUCCAAACUUUCUACUGAACGAUUUAAUUAAGAAACACAAAUUGAGACAGAACGGCUACGAGUCUCUGGGCAUGACCAGAGACAGCUCCGGCGAAUUUGGCACCACGUCCGACGGCUUAAGGGAUUUCGUGGCGUCGGAAUCGCAGAAUUUGACGCUGCCCGACGUGAAUGUAAUACUGGAAGUGUUGACGCAACGCAAGCAGCUUCUGGAGGCGGAAUCCAGUGCCGCACAAAACAGGCUGCUUCUGGAAUUCCUCAAGCACCUGCUGAAACAAAAGAAGGAGCGUCAGAGCCAAAUCGCCAGGGAGAUAGCCAUCAUUGAGCAAGACAUUGAAGAGGUGAACUUGAAACUGAAGGAAGUUCAUAAUAAAUGUCCCACCGUGGAAGAGGUGGAGAAGACGGUGGCCUCGGCGUCGGAGAACGACGCCGCAGUUAACGCCAUGAAAAAGGAAAUGAUAGACUUGAUUGAUACAAUUGGAACGUCGACGGGACGUAAGGAGGAGACCGGAUCGUUGGAACGUGAGCCCUCCAAACACUCCUACUCAUUGGCGGUGAAACGUAGGAGAAUGCACGCAUACUUCGACGAUUUCGUUGACUGUUAUUUCAGCACGCGUUCCAAAGAUUUGUUCUUCGGCUCGGAAACGACCGACAAAACUGCCAAGCCAGCUCUGGAGAUCCACUCCGGACUGGACGAUUUCCGCGAGAGCUUGAUCAAGUUCUCCCGCUACAACUCCCUACGUGUUCUCGCUACGCUAAACUACUCCAGUGACCUGUUCAAUAAUUCCACGAUCGUGUCUAGCAUUGAGUUUGACAAGGACAACGAGUUCUUCGCCAUAGCGGGCGUGACCAAACGCAUAAAGGUGUUCGAUUACGGCGCAGUCGUCAAGGACGUGGUCAACAUCCAUCAUCCGGUCGCCGAAAUGGUGUCGCGGUCCAAGAUCUCGUGCAUCAGCUGGCACGGCUACCACAAAAGCACCCUGGCGUCCAGCGACUACGAAGGCACGGUGACGAUAUGGGACGUGUCUACCAAGCAGCGUACCAAAACGUAUCAGGAACACGAGAAGCGUUGCUGGAGCGUCGACUUCAACAACGUGGACACGAGACUCAUUGCUUCCGGAUCGGACGACGCACGCGUCAAGCUCUACUCGCUGAACGAGGAGCACUCGGUCGCCACGCUGGAGGCGAAGGCCAACGUUUGUUGUGUCAAAUUCAAUCCCAGAAGCCAGACCCACUUGGCGUUCGGCAGUGCGGACCACUGCGUCCACUACUACGAUCUGAGGAACAUGAAGGAGGCGGUAGCCGUAUUCAAAGGUCACAAGAAGGCCGUUAGCUACGUUAAGUUCCUGAACAGCGAGGAUAUAGUCUCCGCAUCGACGGAUUCGCAGCUGAAGAUGUGGAACGUCAACACGCCCUACUGUUUGAGGUCGUUUGUCGGGCACAUCAACGAAAAGAACUUUGUCGGUCUGGCCACGGACGGUGAUUAUGUCGCCUGCGGCUCCGAGAACAAUGCCCUCUACAUUUAUUACAAGGGUCUUAGUAAAAAAUUGUUCAAUUACAAGUUCGAGGGCGUGGAAGGUGUACUGGAGCAGGAAAGGCGCGAGGAUGACGGCAACGAGUUUGUUUCCGCCGUUUGUUGGAAGCAGAAUUCGAAUGUCGUGGUGGCAGCUAACAGUCGGGGUAUCAUUAAUAUUUUGGAAUUAGUCUAAAAUUAAUUUUGAAAAUCAAUUUUACUUUUAUUUGUAGCUGUUGCCCAUUGCUCUGGGAAAAGUACAAUUUGUCUUAGAUUAUGUUACUUUAAUAAAAUUGUUUCGAUAAAAGCUGAUUAAUUUUAUACAUUUUAUCAACUGUUAGAAAAAUGUAAUAUAAUAUUUAUGCAGCUUUUAUUAUAAUAUAAUAUUUUGUUAAAAUUUUGUCAAUUUUACUCUUUAUAGAGUUGUUGAAUUUUUUUAGCCUUGCAAUUGUUGUGCAAUGAUUUUGAUGAGAAUUUUAUUUUACCAAAAUCUUUUUGUUAAUUUUAAAAAUGAUAAAUGAGUUCUUUAUCAAUUUUAUCAUAUGUUUUGCCAGAUUUAUCUACUUUUUUAAAAUUUACAGUUUGUCCUGUUAUAAAGCACAAAAUUGUACUUUUUCUUAAAUAAAUUAUUUGGAAGAUCCCCUUAGAAAGCACUUUAAUAUUAUUUACAUCGUAAGUUCAAGCAAUAUGAUACCUGUACUCACUUACAUUUAAAUGAGACUGAGCGCAAAUCCCAAGUUACUUUCAAAUAAUUUUACAGUAUUAAAAACAGACUACAUAUCAAGUAACACAUACAUAUUAGCUUGAACCUAACCAUUUAAUUUCUUAGUACUUAUUUGAUACAAUCUUCUGAAUAAUUGUGACAUCAUAAAACUUAAUUUUCAACUCAUCCUAAGUUUUCUUUUAUGACAAUCAUAAUCGUAAGACUAUUUGUUUGUAUGAGUGUAUUUAUUUUAAAUAGUGUAAGAAUAUCAUGUGUAUAUUAUGAAACUUAACGUGUUGUAAAUACCUAAAUAAUUCAUAAGUUAAAUGAAACUACCCAUUCCACUUCAACAAUUAACUGAUAAAGUACGUAUAUCAGUUCGUUGUUAAAGUAGGUGAUUGUAAAGUCCUGCACGCACAAUUUAUAUAUUUAAUGUGGGUAAAUAAAUUUAUUUUGUCAUAUUGACAAUUUUAUGUAUUUUUAAAUUAAUUGUGAUUAUAAUUAUUGUAUAAUUUGUCCGCCUGAACUUGAUUCAUUUCGAAUGUACCUAACACAAAAAGCAACUUAAAUGUUUGAGCCAAUUAUAGAUGUAAGUAGAUUCAAAUGUUCCAAAGAAAUUUUCUUAUCCCGGUUCUUUAAAGUAUUAAAUAGUGACCCAGGCAGCUUAAUUGUUAGAUUUAUUUAGUUGUUGAUUUUGACUUGGGUGCCAAACUUAAGCUAGAAUUAUACAGUAGUUUUUUUUUUGGUGUUUCGUUGAUGUAUUUGCUGUGUAAGACAAACCAUUGGUGCUAUUAAAGUAAAGUUAAAAACAUAUAUUUACUGAGACCAAAAUGUUAGGAGAAACCACAAGUCAGGCAUACUUAACGCUCGGUUGAAAUUGGUUGAAUUUUUGUUUGAAAUGAAAAAAUUCGAAAUUGUCGCAGUUUAUAACUGACAUGGAUUAAAAGCUGUACCCUAAAUAUUGCUCAUCUAGCAUAAAUGUUGUAGCUGUAGUACUCCUUUUACAUUAUGUAAUUGUUAAUAAGUGUGGUCCAUAGAUGUAAGAUAAGAUUUGUUUAAAAAUGUUACUUAGUUUUUAAGAAAAAUUUAAUCUAUUAUUGAUGUUACUUAAGUGUUUGUUACUCUGAACGCAUACAGGGCUAAUAUAUAAUGCCCACGUCGUCCAAGUAUAUAUUAAACACACCUUGGUUAUAUAAGAACUUUGACCAACCCAACAAAUAAUUAUUGUUAGUCCGCCUGUAUGCGAUUAAGGGCAACAUAUUCAUUCCAAUUUUUGUAUAAACUGUUAUUAUAAUUUAAUAAAAAUGCAUAUAUAUAUUUUGUAGAAAUUUUUCGAGCUUGCCAAAAUAAAAUUAAUUUAAAUAUUUUGUAUAUAAUAUAUGUGCAUAGAAAAUAUACAUAUUUAAAGAUAUAAAAAAAUGGGCCAUUAAGUGUCAAUAAGAAAUACUCCGUAUGUUUUUACAUAGAUUUUUAACCCAAGUGUGAUUAUAGUAAAUGUUGGUUGUUUUGUUAUUUAACGAAUGUUAAAUUUUUGCACCAUUUUUCAUUGCCAUUAUAACUGUCGUAAUACAUAAAAUCGGUGUGUAGAAAAUAAUAAAUUCAUUAAUAGAUUUCCAUUACUGAUACAUAGUAUAACCAGCAGUUUGUCAAUAAAUCAAUCGAUGUGAAGUAGUUGUACUAUUGCAAUAAAGUAUCCACUGACCUGAA